AUGAUAUCAUAUUGCUGUCUCAAGCCACUGCCGCCUAUCUUGCGCCAGGAGCCGUCGAUCCGCAUUCGGUGUCGUGACUUCACAUACUUCGCCUUCUAUUUCCCCAACGAGAAGCAGGCGCGUGACGUGUACGACAGCAUACGCGCUCUGACAUGCAAGAUCGGGAGGCUCGACAAGCUUUUGGCGUUCAGCUACCAGCCGAAACCUCCAGAAGAUCAGCAAAAUGGCUGGGACAUAUACGAUGCGCGGCGCGAGUGGAAGCGGCUAGGCAUCAGUCCUAAAGAUACGGAGAAGGGCUGGCGGAUAUCGGAGAUCAACAUCGAAUACAAGGUGGGAACGACGAGCAAAAUUUACUCGAAGACGUAUCCCGCCCUCCUCGUGGUGCCCUCAAAUGUCUCAGACAGCGUCCUGAGGUAUGCUGGCGAGUACCGCUCACGCCAGCGAAUACCCGCCCUUGUCUACCGCCACCCCAUCAACAACUGUUCUAUAACUCGAAGUUCACAGCCAACACCCGGUCUGCGUGGUAACCGCAAUCCUCAGGAUGAGAGGCUCGUUGCAGCCAUCUGGGCUACGAAUCGUGGAUGGAAAGCGACACAACCGCCCACACCACGUUCAGGCGGUCUGACACCAGAUUCGAGUGUCGCGAACUUGAACGAAGCUAGUACUAACAGCUCCUUUGUUGGUGCCGUGGAUACCGAGACCAUCGACUCUGGAAGGACUAUUAUUGAUAAUCUGACUGAAUCUUCCGAGAUAGCAGACGUUGAACUACCCAGGGUAUACGGUGCGCAGCAGCGAAACCUUAUCGUUGACGCCAGACCAACCGUGAACGCUUAUGCCAUGCAAGCCGUCGGCCUAGGAUCAGAGAAGAUGGACUACUAUCCUGGAGCAGAAAAGGCGUAUCUUGGGAUCGACAACAUUCACGUCAUGCGCAAGUCCCUUGACACAGUCAUCGAGGCACUGAAGGAUUCGGACAUCACGCCUCUUGCCCCUAAUAGGAACCUUUUGGCCAAGAGCAACUGGAUCAAGCACAUCAGUAAUAUCCUGGACGGCGUCGCACUAAUCGCGCGAACCGUGGGCAUCAUGCACUCGCAUGUGUUGAUCCAUUGCUCUGACGGCUGGGACAGGACGAGUCAACUGAGCGCACUGAGUCAGAUCCUCCUCGACCCGUACUACCGUACAUUGGAGGGCUUCAUUGUGCUUGUUGAGAAAGACUGGCUAUCAUUUGGCCACAUGUUUCGGCAUCGAUCUGGUUUUCUUAGCCACGAGAAGUGGUUCACCAUCGAGAACGAACGCAUCGAGCGCGAUGGUCAAGGCGGCAGCAACCCGUUCGAAAAUGCUCUCCGGGGUGCGAGAGGACUAUUCAAUCGACAGAAUGAGUCGAACGAGGCGCUUAACCAGCUGCCAGAAACGAACGUUCCCGAGAAUGCGACCGAUGUGGCGGACACUGCUUCUCCAAAGCCUGCCAAGUCUGGUGCAGCGGAAGAACAUCGCGUCACCAAAGUCAACGAGUUGUCACCAGUCUUCCACCAGUUCCUGGACUGCGUUUAUCAAUUACAACAUCAACACCCGACCCGAUUUGAGUAUAGCGAGCGCUUCCUUCGACGUCUCUUGUACCACCUGUACUCCUGCCAGUACGGCACGUUCCUCUUCGACAACGAGAAAGAACGCAUCGAUGCACGCGCGCGAGAGCGAACCCGCUCAGUUUGGGACUACUUCUUAUGUCGGAAACAAGAAUUCAUGAACCCCAAGUACGAACCCGAGAUUGACGACUCGGUCCGCGGCAAGGAACGCAUGAUCUUUCCACGCAAAGGCGAAGCAAGAUGGUGGGCCGAAUGCUUUGGCAGGACUGACGAGGAGAUGAACGCUGCUGGUCCACAGGCUCCUCCCAAUCUCAUGCCCCAAACUAGUAACGCUUCCAAUGGUCGAAGUGGUACAAGCACACCUGUUCCCCAUGAUCCAAUCGUCACAGGCACGGAAUCAGCUGAAGGUGCAACUGGAGCAGGCACUACCGCCGAACUACCGCCCACUCAUGCCCUUGGUGAGCAUUCUGCAAGUGUACCUCAUGCUUCAUCGCCUUCGCCACUUGAUGCUGCUGCAGCGCUUGGUCAGGACAUCCGGCAAGGCCUGGCCGCGGGUAUUGAGAAGCUAGGUAUCGGGAAGCCCAGUGGCUCUGCCGCGGAUCGAGCAGCAAGCCCGGCGUCGGGGCAAAGUAGGCUGAGCGCAGAUGUUGGUAGGGAAGCAACAAGGCUGAGUACGGAUUUAGGUGGGCAGAAUGGGAGAGAGAGGAGUACGAGUCAGGGCAAGGCGGAGGUUAGGAAGGAGGUGGAGGUGGAGAUGCAAUGA